CUAGUCCUUCAAGGCUUGCAGCUGAUGUUCCAUUGCGAGUACCUGAUAUUGGUCGAGUACGUCGAGUGUAUCUUUCCGCUAAUGUACGUGCUGUACAAAACCGUUCUUCAGUACCUACCGAAUGUCGUGUACUAUCCGGAAGGGGCCGGGCACUUUGGAGCAGCCGCAGCAGCGAAUAUUUUGGUGUAUGCUGGUCUUGAGGUCGUCUCCUUACUACUGCUUCAUAUAUUUCUCCAACGCAAGUUCGCCUUCUCGCCUAUGUACCAACUUGCAUUCGUGCUUGAGACGCAAGUCUAUAUGGUCGAAGCCCAGCUUUUCAUCGAAAGUGUCUCCCUACUACAGUACGAGCUCGCACACUACGGUAAGCCAUCCACCUCAGCAUUU